GUGGACACUGGACAAAAAAUUGAUUUCAUGGAUUUAGGCCUAUGUUGAUUCAAUCCAACUACAUCUUACAAUUUUAGUCUUCACAAAGUUUAUUUAAUUGAAGUUGAAUAACCAAGGCGUCUUAAGAACGCCAUAAUUAUGUCAGGGACGCUGAAAUAUAAAGCGGCGGCGGCCGUGAACCGCGGACGGCCAAGCACUUUUUACAGCAAAGACAAACCAAAUCCAGUUUUCCAGGCCCUAGAACAGGAGAUCAAAGUGUACAUUGGUUACAUGCGCAAGAGAUCUACACCUUGGCUGAGAACAGAUACCGAUGAGGCCUCUUCACGGCCGGCUGACACCCUAUUUGAACUGUGGAACAAGUAUGAGCCACGUCUACCGGAGUUAUACUACCAGGACAAACUGUUGGAAAUGGGGGACUUCCUGGUCUCUAUCAAGGAAUAUAACCUAGCUCUCUGGCAAUGUUAUGGGCGUUACCUGAAACACUUUGGUGAUGUUAACGUUGAAGAGAUCACUGAUGUCGAUGAUUUCAAGAAGACAUUCUUCCCAGAUGGUUUUGAGAUGCAGAAUUCUGGAUUCACAUUCCGUGCUCUGAUGGGUAAAGCUAUCUGCAUGUACCAAGCUAUCAAGAUGACAGAUCCUAAACUCCAGAAUAAAGAAUCUGUGGACCGAUGUAUCCAGCUCCUGUCCUUCCUGAGACUGGUCAUGCAAGUUGUGCUCCCUCAGGAGAAACUUUGCUGGUUGGUCUACAAUGGAACCAUCCAUAUCUACAGUGUCUCCAGGCACCUGAUGUCCCUUGGCCAUUCUUCAAGGGUUGUUGAGUAUCUCCUCUGGGCUUCUAUGUGCAUGGAAUCAUCUGUCCCCCUCCUUGGAAUCAAGUAUCUAGUCUGGCGGUCUACCCUUUAUACUGCAGUGUGUCAGUGUUACUUUGACUGCAAGGCUGGUCAGCAUGCUGAGGCAUUUGCCAGGCGAGGUCUAGCAAAAAUCAAUGAACUUAGUCAAUUGGAAAAUAUCAGCAGUUCACCCCAGAGUGUACUGCGUGAAGUAUCAUUCCGAACUGCUACAAUUAAGAUGGCUAUCAUGGUGUACAAGAGAAGUGUAUUUGAAAGCAGACGUAAACCUAAGGGACUGCUAAGACCAAAAACAAGGGCAAAUCUGAAGGAUGCACAAGGGCUCCCAUGGCCAAGAACACCAAGUGAGAAACUCCUGGUUGACAUGUUUGAAGGUAGUGCAGCCCAAUUUCUGGGGAUCCUUGAGACUUUGUCGGACAGCAACCGCAGGACAGUGCAGUCGGCACCACCAGCCUCGGAUAGCGAAGUUGAAAUCCUUGACGUGUAUGCUGAGCUCUUCAUGGCUGCCCAGGAAAUCUUAUCUGGGGGUGGCGGCAAUACAAGCAUCCAGCAAAACACAAAGUCAGAACCAUCAUUGUUUGAAUACUCGGGAUUAGCAGGUGUGGUUGAUGGACCAAGGACACUCAUGGAUUAUGCUGCAGCAGGAGAAGAUGCUGUUCCAUUGUCUGCUGUUAUCAAACUGAUCAAGUUUGCAUAUUGCUUUGAAUACUUUGAUCUGUUUGAUGUCUAUGUGGACAAUAUCCUUGCUUAUCUCAAGGAGGUGGAUGACCCCCGGUUUGGCCCUGAUAUCAAGAUCCUAGAGUUGCUUCUUGCCAUGGAGCGGGUCAGCACUAACAGGAGGAGUAGGAAGCAGACCCUGGGGGAAGAUGGCAGUGCCUUGCAGGACAAGGAGGCCAAGGAUAAAGAGAAUAGAGAGAACAAGGAGAAGGAGCAACCUCCAGCAGCCAUGAGCAGUAUCUCUGAUCAAAGAACAUUAGCAACACGACAGACCUUUGGUAGGGUUACUAGUAGAACAUUGACAGUGUGUGCGACCACCAAGUCUAGCUUAUUGAAUGAUGACCUGAUUCAGCUAGCUGAAGUACUUUUGUCAAUUUCCAGUGGACCAUACUCAAUGGCAGAGAUGGACAUGGAUUCUGUGAUGGAUGCUGUUGUGUUCUUAUGGAACAAAGCAAAGGCUGUCUUGCAGAAGUAUCAAACUGGUUCUAUUGACAAUGCCAGAUACCUGCAGAAGAUGGAGAAUCCAAGCAAGUGGGUGUACAUCCUUCACAUUGUCCAUCAAGUUAUGGGUUGGUGUAACUUCAGCACAGUCGAUCCAGCUCUGAGUGCUGAGGUUGCGAUCAGGUUGGCUCUGGUCUUGGAGAGCAGUGCAACCAUUGAUGAAAGUAAAAAUCGAAAAGUGAAAAUAGUGACCAAAAGUGAAACACCAUCGGCGAAAGGCGACAAAGGUAAGGACACCAAGGACACCGACAGUGUCACAAGUCGUGAAAUGCCUCCCCCAAGUCAGCCAAGCCGCGCCCCCUCCUUUACUGUCUCCAUUUUGAAGCAAGGUCCCAAGGAACAGCUGCUACAGGCCAGGGAGAUUCUGGAACUUGGGCUGAAGAAUGUUUCUCAGGCGAGGCAGGCUGUGGCAUUGACUGAUGGCAAGUCUAUUGCUGAUAUAGGCUGGGUGAAAGAAUUGAACGAGGAUCUCUUCAAACCAGAAGAAGAAGGGAAGACAUCAACUCUUGCUGAGGAGUCGGGUGAUGCAGACAUGAUGAAGAGUGGAGAUGCCACUGCUGUGUGGAAUAUGGUCCGUGAUCUGCAUCUGGAACUGGAGUACAUGUAUCACAGGGUCUGCCUCAAGUUAGCUGCGAUGUCUCGAGAUCCCUCCAAGAAGGCAAGAAAGUCUGUAUCAACAGCAUCCCGCCUAAGUGAGGUGGCAGCAGACCAAAUCAAGAUUGAGUCUGAUGAAGAACUCUCUACCCGCUGCAACAAGAAUCUGAUAUCCAAGUGUCUGCUCAACAUGCAGAAGGCAUUGCUCUCCAGUAAUGAUGGCUUACCAAGUGUGGAACAAAAACAGCUCAUGCAGGAAGCAUUGACAAUGUUGUCCAAGUCACAAAACGAGGAGAAACGACUCUUCAUUGAAAACACAAGUGAAAUGUCACAGCGUGCUUCCAAUGGGCCAGUCCCGCCUCCACCAAUCUUGCUGUGCAGGACUGACACCUCCAUGGUCUUUCGACCGGCACCAUUCAACCCCAAGUCCGAUAAGAUUGCCUGGUAUCGCAUAUUCUGUCGUGCAGCUCGUGGAAGUAAUGUGAAGGUCAGGCUCAAUGAUUAUUACUUGCCUGGAACUGGUCAAGAGGUACCCUCUUUCCGUUGUGAGCUUCGUGUCAGUGGCCUCAUCCCAAGCGAGAGAUAUGUUUUUGCUGUCGCAGCCUACACAGCAGAAGGCAAGCUUAUUGGCGAUGGUAUAGGAGAGACCAGCAAGCCAAUCCUGGCUGCUCACCCGAUCCCAGUCCUCAUGACAUGGGCUUAUCUCAGCCAAGUGGCCUACCAAGUUGGAUGCUACGACAUAGCUCUUGAGGCCUGCAGUGUCCUGUGGAGUCACUUUGUUGCCACGCCUCCGCCACCAUCUGGUGUCACUUACACUGAGAAAAACAAAAAGGAUUUCGUUCUCUCCUUGCAUAGAUUAAACAAGAAGGUUGUAAGUCUUGCGUCCCCAGUUUUGCUGCGACAAUUCCUGACUAGCAUCUUCCUCAACGUUGAUAUCCAUGUCAAGGAGGGCGCCUUGUUCUGUGAUACCCUUUGCGACCAUGGCCCUCUCUAUAACGGGCAGGUAUACCGCCUCCUUGAGUGUGAGCGCAUGCUUGUGGCGAUUGAACUUGGAGGGUGGCUGAAUGAAGCUAACCUUGCCCUUCAAGCGGUGGUUCAGUGCUACGGUCUCCUUGCUCCCAUGAUUCACUUCAAGAUUCCAUCUCCAUCUGCUAUUCAGGUUCUGGAGAGAUGCCAUGUGGUUCUUCAGGAGAUUCCAGUCGCAUUGAGGCAGAGGAGACAAUCCAACAUUUCAGAGAGCAUCCACCACAUGACUGCUUGCUUGACUUUCCAUAUGGCCAAGGUUCUGCGAACGUGGGGACAGAAAGCUGUUGCACACAACCUGAACGAAACCGGUCGAAAACUUCUAGCAAUUGACACCAGUGAUCCCAAGGCUGAUGGAAAGGACAGCAAGGACAAGCUGAAUGCAAGUGCCACUGAUUUCUCCUCCUUGGACCAAGUGACUGACUCUGGCGCCCUGACAUUGGCUGCUCUGAAGAAACGAAGGACCAAGGCAAAGGUCCUUGGGUCCAAGGAGGAACCUGAUGGGCCAGUGAACGAAGAACUGAAAGCCCUGGAGGCACAUAUGUUGAGAUUGUCCAAGCAAGAAAAUAAGUUUCACCGCCAGGGAGAACAUGAAUUGACAGGAAAUGAGGAUCCAAACAUCUUGCAUGCCUACAUUGCCUAUCUACCAAGCAGGGUGGCUUAUAGAGAAGUGGUGAAGUUCAAGCGUAGGACCAGAUACCUGGAGUUCUUUGUGCAGGUUGUGCAGAAGGCACUUGCAGAGGGUAUCGCUGAGCAGGCCAUGGAAUGGUGUGAAGAUACGGCCCAGUGGAUCAACAAGCGUAAUGAGCAGAUCAUCGGUAACAAGGCAAUUGUUGUGAAGCAGCCAGGAGCUCUGACUGUGGCUGGUGAUGACCCAAAGAAGUUUGCUGCUGCCAUGGUGGAAUACAGCAAGGAAAAGUCUCGCCAAGACCAAACUCCGAGGUUCAAGGCACUAGCUCCGACAGGGAAGCCUAAACCAAGAAAACCUGGGAAAGGCAUGCAGACUAAGUUCUGGAAGGGUAGGCUUAAUCAAGGCUCUGAACCAGUCAACUCGACUCUAGAAGAGGCACUCAAUAGGGCUUUUGAUGUGAUGUCGCUGUAUCUGCCUGAUCUGAUUCGUACUGCUCACAGACGUCGUAAGCUCAGGAGGAUCUGUACUGAGGAGCUACCAUGGCGAAGCCAGCUCAACAUCUUGCUUGGUUUGAGUCAGUUUGGUACAUUCCUUCAUCGUCUCGAGCUGAUGGAGAAACUCAUGGGAUCAAACACCAUUUACAGGACGACCUUCCUUGACCAGGAGUGGUUCACUCUUGAGACAUCAGGCACCCUAGUGGUGAACUGGGAUGGCGGUCCAUCGCGCCAGGUAACCAGACAAGGUGGCCGGCAACAUGAGGGUAGAGAGCCACCCAAUAUUCUUGGCAGAGAUGAGACUCCAAGAGCUACUGGGAUCGAGUUGGCAGCUGCUGCUGCUACAGGCAAUCCCCCACCUCCACUCUUCCCUGUACCGGAGGUAGAAGAGGAUACCCCAAGAACCUACCGCUCGGACGCAAGUUCUCAACCAAGACAGAAGCCGACUGAUCCAAAAGUUGAGGAUUCUUCCCUUGUCAACCCGAAGAUGGCCUUGGACAUGCUGACAAAGACGUUCCAAUUCUUCAAGAGGGCUAUCGUUCUUGCUCACAGAGGACAGCACUGGACCUUGUUACAGAACUCGUGCCGUGCCCUGUGGAACUGUGCCCAUACGGCUCUGUUGAGGGCAUGCAUCUCGACCAAUAACCCAGGUGGCAUGGUGACGGCUGGUGACUUGAGAGAGAUGGCUUGGCUGCCGUUCUAUACGGCUGCAGACUGCCUGCUUGACAUGCUCUCACAACUCUUGACUGAGAUCAACUCUGAAAUCAACAGGGCAAGAAACAAAGGUCGCCCUGUUCCUGCCUUUGACACCUGGAUGGGUACUGUAAAGGAUGAGAAAGGAGCAGCAAGUUUGAAGUUUGAGACUCGCCUUGAUGACAUCAGUACGGUCGACACUCGCUGGGUCCGCCGCAUCGUCCUCAGGACACUUGAGAUCCUCUACUACGAGCACAAGUGGGAGAAGCUGGUCCAUGUGGCACUCAAGUUUAAUGCUCUUACAAAUGAUCGAUAUGCAGAACAAGUGAACCCACUUCUAGUGCAGGCUCAGCGCAAACUGACUGUCCAGCUGGAGGACGCUGGUGGUGAGCUACCACCCCAGGAGCACUACCGCGUGGCGGAGGAUGAGAUUGGUGGGAGGGUCACAGCCCACAAGUACACCAACCUACAGCUAAAGCUGAAUGUCGCUCUUGACCAGUUGUCUGAGAUUGAUCCUGGAGCUCACAUUGAUCCGGAGGGACAUGAUGCUUACUCAGGUGGAACUCAUGCCAUGAAGAAUAUCUCUGUCCCGCUUGAUGUCGAAGCGAGCUUAGACUCCCUGCGGGUUGCCCUCGAUGCAUCCCAGUACACUGCGAGAGCUCUCUUCCACAGCAGAAAACUCAUGGUUCUCUACUUAGCUGGACAACAGAAUGUCCCAAGCACUGAUAUGGUAGGAGGCGGCAAGUCAAUCACCCACAUUGAACCUCGUGUGGAGUUCCGUACACCCCUAACCGCCCGACCGCAGCUGACAAUGCCACCUGACCUCUCCAAGGAAGAAUACAGGCAGAUGGAUGAUGUACAGGUGUCACCGCUUCCAAAGUCACAACUCCAUAUUGUGGUUUCGUCCUAUGUGAAAACGAUUGAACUGCUAACAGCUAAGAACCAAAAGGGAACAGCAGGACAGGCAAUGAGGGAGCUGGCAAAUCUUUACUAUCACUCGGGAAAUAUCAAAGCAGCAUAUACUUGGUGGUCAAACUCCUUGGAUGUGAUCCUCAACACAACAGAUGCCAUACGCAACUGGAGGAGCCAGAUGAAACCAGGAAUAGACAUCAGCCGGGAGCUCCUCGAUCGCUGUGGCCUCUGGGGCUGUAUCCUGGGAGGGGUUGUGGCAUCAAACAUUGCACAAUUUGUUUUGACCUCUGACCUCGGUCUGCGAAUGGAGUGUUGCUUCUUGUCGGGCUUCUUCUUCAAAGCGCUGUUCCGCUCCUCGAUGCCUCACCCCCUGGCUGACCGCGACUAUGCUCUCUAUGAUAUCGGAGAGGGAGCUGAAGUGACCAAUCUCGUGCCAGGCAUGGAUCUGCUCUCUGAGAGAUUCCGUUCUGAUGGUCGAACUCUUAUUGCUGCUCUUCGUUGGGUCACGGAAGAACUCGCAAGAGGAAAACAGAAUCUGUUUGUGCUCCCUCUGCUGACCCUAUACUCCUACUUCACGACCUUCAUGUGCCGGGACCUCCAACGAUCUGUCGACGGUCGUAUCCUGAAAGUGCGAGUUCUGACAGACUUGGGCCUUCUGACGGAGGCCUACGUCACCCUUCAGAGGCUCCUCCAUGGAGAGCGUCUUCCUCACAAUGCUGACAGCAACUUCAGACAGACUGAGUCCAGGAGUAGCAGCGUCAAGUUCAAUACGUCGAAACCCAUAAUGGACCCGAACAAUUUGAAGAUCCUUGAAAGUGUGAUUGACAAGCGCCUGUCAUCCAGCUUGGGCAGCCUGUAUGGUCCCCACUUGACGUGCCACCUUAGCCUUGCGCAGGCUCAUCUGCUGAUUGCCACUUCUGGGACUAUACCUGUCAUUCCAGAGGUUCUGGAUGAACCAACUACAAGUGGUGAGAGCGAGGCAGGGGUGGAAGGCAAGGAUAAAAGCAUAUUGGUCUCUAAUGUAGCCAUCAAGGGAAGCCGAUACAGUAAAGCUUCAAGCAUGUCAAAGAUUGGAUUCAAAGAAGAUGCCGACAGUGAUGCAGACACCAUUUCUGACCCUGCCGCACACAAGCGUUUCAGCUCAGCCAGGCGACCAGUCUCCCUGGAGAUUGUCAAGGGUACAGUCCUGGCAGCAGCGGAAUCCAUGCUCCGGACAGUGUCAGAGCUCAUCCUGGUCAAUGCUGCACAUGACUCAGGGGAAGUAAUGCCUGGGCAACCAGUCGAUAGUGACUACCUAUGUAUCGAUAAUCUCCAAGCCGCUGAACUUGAGCUUGUUGUCCUGUGCAAAUUGGAGCUGGCAGCGAUUGGUCAGCAGAAACACCACGCUGCCAUGGCGGCGAGGACUGUCCUGUCUGCGCUCAAAAUGAUGCAGAACUCCCAGAUAUUCAAAGAAGGGAACCAGAAGGAUACUGAAACAGCUCCUCCUAAAAGGCCGUCUAGUUUCACUGGCACUCGUGAUAAUCGCGCCCACCUCAAGAUGCCAAAUGUGCGUCUUACCAAGCCUGAGGGUAACCAGUUCCAGUAUCAGAACUUCCAGGCCAGGUCUCGGCUUGACUGUCGCCUAUGGCUAGAUUGCCGGUUAGCCUUGGUCAAGAGUUUAGUCGGAGAAAUACGAGGAAUGGGUGAGGUCCGAGGCCCUGAGCGUGAGGUCAAGGUGGAGUUGGCUGACUGUCGAGAAUACUGUAAGGAAGGCGUCAUUGAGGCAGAGGAUCUUGGUGAUAUUGAGAUGAUGGCCGAGUUCCUUGUACAGGGGGCGCUGCUUGAUAUCUUGGAAGGGAAGACAGUGGAUCGUACACGCAUGAUAUUGGAGGAAGUUCUACGGUCCCUCGAUAGUGUGCCGUGUUUGUCGAUGCCGGGUCAGCUGAUCAAAACAACGGCCAUGAUGCAGCUUACGGACCUGCAUGCUGCUGAGAAGAGAGAUGAGGGCGAUGAAGGGAAACCAAUCACCGAAACAACACUCCGUGAAUAUAUCAAAGCCCAGACUCUACUCCUAGAUCAGAUGAAACUGUUGGGAGAGGAGAUUGAGUAUCAUUAUGCAGACGAAGUGACUGGACUCCACCUGCUGGCUACACCAGUCUCCCCCAUACACAAUCUCUACCUCCCUCACUUGCUCCCUCUGACUCAAGUCAAGCUGAGGAUAGGACAUGCUGUGGCUAGGAAUGCAGCCAGGUUUGCAACUGCAAGUCCAAAAGAAACAUCAUCAGAUCUGUGGGUGAGUGCCCUGGGCAUCCUCAAUACUGCCCUUGAACUCAGCAAGGUGAACAGCAGACGACAGGCAAACCUUGAGGCAGACAUCCUACUUACUAUUGGCAAAGUCCAGCGUCAGUUAUUCAACCUUGGUCAUUUCCACCCCAGAGCUGUCGUUGGCACUUUACUCACUACGAUCAGGACAAGUUUCCUCAAUGACCAUGACCUUGGAUUAAUUCGCCAAGCUUACCUGGAGAUGGCAUUAGUGUACCUUGUCAGCAGUGGCAUGGUACCUGCAUUGAGAGAAGAGUCGGCCAUCUCCUUGGAUUACGUGAGUGAUGCAGGUAGCGGUGAUGAUCUCAGUGUUCGUGGCGGUAGUCCCACUCGAAGGAGAGCCAAGAAAUAUCCAAGUAAAAAGGACCUGAGGAAGAAGAAGGAGGAACAACUAAGUGAUGUUGAGAAAGAUCGCCGUGCCGCAUGGAUUGCCAUAAGAUGUGCGGCGUCUGCUGGGAGUGCCCAAAGGAGCCGGAUGCUGCUGAUGGGCAACACUGCUGUCACAACGCAAGCUCUGAGUGCUCAGGCAAGGAAUGACAUCCCUGACUUCGCUGUACUGGACUUGAUCGGUUCAUAUGUCCUUGGUGAGAAGAAGAGGAUUUUCAAAGAUGCUAUUGAAGAAGCUCUCGCCAACAUGCCGGAAGCCCAGGAACAGCAGAAGGUCGAAACAUAUGAGGAACAGAUAGAAAGAGCCAAGAGAUCUGCUGAAGAUGUCAGCUGGGUACAUUUGCUUGGCUACCAGUCUCUACUCCAGAGGAUCUGUAACACAUCAACUGUCUCCAUAACCGCUGACAGGAAGAAGAAAGCAGAAAAUGAAGAUGGGAACCUGGGUGACCUUGGGCCAGAGUUUGACCUUGGCUUCAUCGCACACUCACAGUUUGACACGAGUAUCAACCAUGAUGUGAUCAGGUCUCCCCUCUACAGCGGUGUGUGGGCGACGAGGUUGAAUCACAUGCACAAUUUCUUCUCACAUAACCUGCCCGUGUACGCGGAAAGUUGUUGUGCCAUCUAUCCACCGGCUAUGGUUGAUCUUCCUGUACCAGAUGGAGCUCUAAUCACAGACAUCCACGUCACCACAAAAAUGUACGAGGACAACAGGAUUACAUCCUUUGAAAUCCCCCCAGGUGGCAGCGUGUCGGAUGUGGCACUCCCACCAGGCACCAGAGAAGAUGACUGUAAACCUGUCGACAAGCCCCUAGUGCAGCCGACAACACCAGAAUUGUGCUUGCAAUGGUAUCAGCCUUCGUUACAAGAAGUUGAGACCAUGAACACAGAGACUGGGAAAAUGGAGCAGAAUAUUGUGCUCUGUUAUGCUAUAAACAAGAAGGCGGAGAGGGCGAGUGGUUCUGCGGCAACUGGCAUGCAGUGUUCUAUGAUCUGGGUGUCCUUGGCACAACUCAUGGACUUACAUGACAGAUUGUCUGUCCUGACUCAGAGAGGAGAGAUCUCCCUACUGGAUAAGCCGACCCCAACCAAAAAGGAACCCAGUCAAACUCCUACUCCAACCACCAGCAAACAAAAGAAAGCGGCUAGGAUCAAGGCCUUGUCACCAAAGGUUAAGAAAGACGUUCAUCUGGAGGCCCUGCUGAAGCAGUGCAUGAACGAUGCACAGAAACUAUUCGGUGUUAUCUUGGAGACAAUUGAGGACCGCGUAUCACCUACAGUAUCGCCCACGACAGGUGCACCAACCUUGACCACUGCAGCCGCUUCCGAAACGGAGCACAAGUCAGCGAUUCCAUUCGACGUCAACAAGACCAAUGUCUACAACUUUGAACGUCUGUUUGACCCCAGUUUUGGCUUGAUCCUGAAAGGUUCAGAUCUUCUCCAAUGGCUUCUAAAGCUCUUCCCGAUACCUUAGGAUUUUGGACACUUUCAAACGAAGAUCUGCUUCGACGUAUAAAAGGACUAUGGACUAUAUAUUAGGACACUUUCAAACAAGGAUAUGCUUUGAGGACUAUCAUAUAGGACAACUUUAAACAAGGAUAUGCAUGCUUUGAACUACAUCGAAGGACUAUCAGUUUGAUGACACUAAAGUUUUUUAUUCAGGAAAGCAGAUAGCACAAUCAUCUUUCCAGUUCCUCGUCUCUCGAUUUUUUAUCUGAAAGACCUUUAUGAUAAAUUACAUAGUCAAGUGACUAGUGUUCUUUGCUGGUGAAUGCUCAUCAAGUAUGAGUCUGUGGAAGAACUGUGAUAUUUAGAGCUUCCCAUCUGCUGUGAUUUUUUCUGUAAAAACUUGUGAUCAGUAACUUUGAAUAUUCAGCCAAUAGCAUUCAUAUUCAUGCAUAUAUCCGUCCAAACUUCGUCAAACCGAUCAAUGGUGAUGUUUUGUUUUAUGUGGUCAUAUGAUCCCAUCCAGUGUUAUAUUCUAGAUGAAAGACACACAAUCCGUCCAACAGAUAUGUCUUCUUUGUUAUUAUCCGGGUGAUAAUCAUCAACUCCGUCACUGAAUUAUCGGAAACAAUGUGAUGAAAUAACUAAAAAAUUUGAUUGAAAAUUGUGUUA